GCAGUUGCCAUAGGCAUUUUCUGAACUCAAAGAGGCAAAAUGACUAGCCAGUCUCAGGGAAUACAGCAACUUCUCCAGGCAGAAAAACGGGCCAAAGAUAAGCUUGAAGAAGCCAAAAAAAGAAAAGGAAAGAGACUGAAGCAAGCCAAGGAAGAAGCCAUAGCAGAGAUAGACCAAUAUAGGCUCCAGAGAGAAAAAGGUUUCAGAUUGAAGCAUUCCGAAAUAAUGGGCUCUCAUGAUAAUCUAUCAACAAAAAUAGAUGAAGAAACGGCAGCAAAGAUCCAAGGCCUCACUAAUAAUUAUCAGAAGAACAGAGAGAAUGUGCUUGGUCAUCUAUUAGGCAAAGUGUACAACAUCAAUCCUGAUAUCCAUCCAAAUUAUACAUAUACAAUUUAAAUCCCUAUGGAAAUGUUUUAAAAGAAGCAGUACUCACAGAAUGAGAUGGCAGAUUGGGAACUAUCACUAUAUAUUAGCUUGCUACCAAUUAUAUUUUUAUCACCAGCAAGGGCCGAACAAGAAUUCAUUUGGAUUUUCUGUUUCCAACAGUCAAAUUGUUACACAUAAUUUUACUACAGAUUUUUUUAAAACAAUUAUUAUUACUUUCUGCAUUCCAGCUGGAUAUACAGUCUCAAAGCUGAAGCAUAUUCUUGAGCAUAAUAUUUGUAAUUUGGCCAGCUUUUAUAGGCAACUCUCUGGCAACGUAGAUUUUUACCCUCACUUUUUUUUUUCAUUUUUGUAGCAAAGAUUGUAUCACUUAAAUAUGGGCAAAAGCAGAAAAAAAGAAUGGCUUGACACCAGCAGCUUUUAAGUGGGUGUCUUUUUUUCUUCUGAUGUUCUCUGAUGCUUGGAAAGUAUCUUGUCAUAUGGCUUGUUGUAGGAAAUCUGUUUGUCUCAAUAUGUGGAGUUUUAAAAUAACUAAGUAUACAAUAAAUAGUAUAUAUUAUUAGACUUAACAUUAA